UAUAUGGUAUCCUUAUCAUUAUCAUUAAUAGUUGAAAGUUGAAACCGCGUCGUGAAGGAAGUCCACACUGUCUGUCUCCAUGCGCACCUUCCCACUCACUCAAUAAAUAUUUUCAAUCUCACUUCAGUUACUAGCUUCUCUCUCACAUGGCCCCAUGAAACUGGUAAGAGAAGAACAAGGAGUAAUUGUAUUGUAAUUCUUAUGGUACCAACUAUAAAAUUAUAGACCCAGUCACCGUUAUAUCUAUUUAUUGCUUUAUAUACCUUGUUCUUUCUUUUGUUCAUAAGCUUUCAGGCCAUUUAGAUCUUGGAGGAUCCGAAUGGCUCCACUCUUGUACCCUCGUUGCAGAAGGCUGCUCCUCCUCUCUCUUCUUUUCUUCCUUUUUGUUUCUCUGUGUUUCACUGUUUCCUCGGAAUCUCAUCCUCGUAGCAAAGCCUUGUCCAAUGGCAUCGCAAGGAGAAUGUUUGAGCUGGAGGAAGAAAAUCAAGAGUUCCAACAACCCCUCAAAAAGAAAGCCACCAAAAACAAAACCUCCUUGAUCAAGCCCACUGAUUCCUCCAAAAACCAAACCAAAACCGUCAAAUCCAGUUACCUCAAUUCCUCCAAAAAUCAAACCAAAACCGCCUUCAUCACCGACACCGAGGUUGUCGUGAAGAAACUCAACUCCACCACCUUAAAGUCCAAGAAGCUGAAUUCAACUUCCACCAAGAAACCUUCUUCUUCAUUGAAUCUCGCGAAAACGACUGGCGGUGGCGGCAAGAAUAAAACCACAAAAGCCACCGCCACAAAAGACAAGGAAGCGAGUAAAAAGACGAAGCUGGAUGAGACGGAAUCCGGCAAGAAAAGUGGUGGUGGUAAGAAGAAAGAAUCGCAACCGAGUUGGGUGCUGGAAGACGAGUUGGACGAUGAUUUGGUUUCCGAGUUCAGGGAUCUGCCGAAGAAGUUCCAACAAACACUGAUCCCUGACCUGGAACGAAUCUCCACAACUUCGAAAGCUUACAUCACGAAAGCCAACAAAGAGAUGACGAAAGGAUUCAAACCCUACGUCGGAAACAAGUACGCACCCACCAUUGCCACUUUACUCUCCUGUGCGUUCGCUUUGAUCCCUUUGCUAUUGGCCUCUCUCCUCUUCAACAAAAUCAAAGCCUAUUUCUCACUACAAAAACUCUUAAUCUUCAUCCAAGCCUAUCUCGCCAUCUACUUCUCCAUUCUCUGCCUCUCUUCCUUCAUCACCGGCGUUGAACCUCUCAGGUUUUUCUAUUCUACUUCGCGCUCCACGUAUCUCUGCUUGCAGGUUCUCCAAACUCUCGCUUACGUCCUCUACCUUUUGCUCCUCGUAAUGUACCUUGUUUUGGUCUUCUCCACUGAUUCUGGGCUGAGCUCCAAGUUCCUGGGCCUGGCCCAAACCUUCGUGGGCUUUUCCGUCGGGUUGCACUACUACAUGACUGUGUUUCACAGGGUGGUGCUGAAGCAACCGCCCAAGACCAACUGGAAGAUUCACGCCAUUUACGCCACGUGUUUUUGCCUCAUUUCUGUCAUUGCCGGAGCUGAUAGAAGAAAGAAGACCUACCUGGAAGAAGGCGGAGAAGAGGGCAAGAAAAAUUGAAUUAGUCAAUUACCUAAUAUUAUUAUUAGCUACAUUAUACUUACAUUUUUCGCUUUUUCUUUUAUAAAUUAAAAUUUCAAAUUCUCAAAGCAACAUACCAAACUACCAUUCCGGCCAAACGUCGCAAGGCUCUGGCUUUUAAUUUGUAUCAGUCAGCAUUCAGAUUCGUUCCAUGAAUAAAUGGAGGUCAUGAUCCCUGUAUAAUUGUAUUACUGCACGAUGCAUCAACCUGAAUCAUAUGAUAAAAUUGGAUCUGGGUUUCAA